UUUGCUGUCUGCUAGCUUCAAUUCGAUUCACUCAAUCGAAAUUCGCUGUGUAAUAGGGUGACUGGCUCUGAUACAAAUUAAGAGUUUCGUUUAGUUAAAUUGUAUUGAAAAUGUUUUCAAUUUCACAUCUGCGCAAUUUCCAAGGAAGAAAUGUUUUUAUUUUGGCUCAUCGUUUUCAAAGUACACUGGUAUUAGCCGAACAUAACAAUGGCAAACUUAACCCUGUCACCCUGAGUGCCAUAACUGCAGCUCAAAAAGUUGGUGGGACUGUAUCUUGCCUUGUGGCUGGAGCCAAGUGUGGAUCAGUGGUAGAACAAUUGUCCAAGGCUGCUGGGAUAUCUAAAAUCUUUGUUGCUGAAAAUGCAAAUCUUCAUGGACUCUUGCCUGAACCAUUAGCUCCAUUGAUUGUAGCUACUCAAAAGCAGUUUGGUUUCACCCACAUUCUUGCUGGAGCUUCUGCUUUUGGAAAGACAUUGCUUCCAAGGGUAGCUGCAUUGUUGGAUGUCUCACCCAUUUCUGAUGUAACUGCAAUCAACAGUUCUGACACCUUUGUUAGAACAAUUUAUGCUGGAAAUGCUGUUUUAACUCUGAAAUCCAAUGAAAAUAUCAAAGUUAUCACUGUGAGGCCAACAAGCUUUCCUGCUGCUGCCAUAGGAGACUCAGUCGCACCAUCUGAAGCAUCUACACAGGCUGUCGAUGCUUCUACCAUCUCGGAGUUCGUUGGACAAGAGUUGACAAAGUCCGAUCGACCUGAGCUCGCUUCUGCUAAAAUCGUCGUAAGUGGUGGCCGAGGCUUGAAAUCAGGGGACAAUUUCAAACUACUUUACGAUCUUGCUGACAAAAUGGGUGCUGCGGUAGGCGCUUCCCGUGCUGCCGUUGAUGCUGGUUUUGUAUCUAACGACCUUCAGGUUGGUCAAACCGGCAAAAUCCUUGCUCCAGAACUUUACAUUGCCGUUGGGAUUUCUGGCGCCAUUCAACAUUUGGCUGGCAUGAAAGACUCGAAAACCAUCGUCGCCAUCAACAAAGAUCCCGAAGCCCCUAUUUUCCAAGUCGCUGAUAUUGGUCUGGUGGCUGAUUUGUUUGCUGCCGUGCCGGAACUCACCGAGAAAAUCGGCAAAAAUUAAAAAUCUUCGAAGAUUGUUCCUGCUGGUUAGAAAGAAUACCAACAAUAAAAACAAUGCAAAUGUGUAUGGAAUAUGGGAUUAAAGAAACAAAAAAAUAUAUAGAUAGUGUCCUUCUA